AUGCUAAAGCCGCUUUCACCUAGUCUCAGCCCUACAACGCCGCAAGAAAUUGAGGGUACCUUGAGGGGCAGAGUGAUCGCGACAUAUUUCGGUGUACUCCCAGAAGGCUUUGAGGAUGUGUUGGCUGGGGCGGUGGGCACAGAGGCGGACCGACGGUGGGUAAAGGACCACUAUAAAAAGAUCCAAGCAAACAUCUGUACCGAGCGGUAUGGUUCUGGGUCGUUCCUGCAGCGGUGGCUACGUGGAAAUCUUGCGACACUUUCCUUCAAGUUAUGGAAUACAAAUUGGGCAAUCGAGGUGAGCGCCCUCAGCAUCCUGCCUGCGGCCGAGACGGCCCAAGAACAAGAAGUUCGGAUUGCGAACCGAGACAUAUAUCAGACCGCUCUCAACGACUUGCACGUCCUCUGGCGCAACACAUACAGCGAAGCCUUUGAGAUGGCAGUCGAGCGGGUGAUCAUGACAAAUGGACAGGAACGGAUCCGUUGGGAGCGCGCACGGGAAAUGUAUCGUGGGAUCAAAGAUGCGCCGCCAGCGGCCGAUGUGGACAUCAAUAUCCUUCGAAGUCGCGCGCAAUGCGACGGUGCAAAGGUCGUACCGUUCUAUUACCGACCGAAGGACCAAAGACUAGCAGUGUUCCGAAGUUUCUGCACCAAGGACAUCCUCGCUUCACACCUUGAGGCUUCGCGAUCGGUCGUGGAUAUACGACGUUUGGCAAUAACCGAGCCUGUGCAGAUACCGCCAGCAUCGGGCCAAGAAGUCAUUCCCCCUUUCGUCACUAUGAAGGCGAAUCACUUCGCUCAGAGCUGUGAUAUAUUGAGCUGA